UCCCCUGAGCUCUGGGAAUGCUGGGUUGUUUACAUUACUGGCACACGGGUCAGGAGUGUGGUGAUGAGGGGGGGCCUAGUGGAGACAGUCUCUGUGAAAAUACGUGCGUAUCUCGGCUGGCUCUACAGUACAGGCUUUGUCUCAAAGAAAGAAAGUUUUGAGCUCUCCGACGACAGUGCCACGCAAGAAGAGAGGGCCGCCGAAUCGGUUGUUGGGGCAUGCUGGGAAAGAAAAGGAAAAUCAAAACAAAGACAACCGCCAUAACCAUCAGGAGAAACUCUCAACGUGAAGAACUAAUAGCUUAGCAACAGAAUCCCACUUCCGGAGGUGUAAAGGAUCAAGCUCCUAACACCAUGGAUAUGGACACGCAGCCACCAGGACAGCAACCAGCCGUUCCAGUGUUUCCACCCCAGAAACCACUGCAGCCAGAUAUGGGGCAUAAUUCAUUGGCUAACUUUCAGAUUGAGAAGAAGAUUGGACGUGGGCAGUUCAGCGAGGUGUACCGGGCAAGGUACCUGCUAGACAACACAUCAGUGGCCCUGAAGAAAGUCCAGAUAUUCGACUUGAUGGAUGCCAAAGCUCGGCAAGAUUGCAUCAAAGAGAUAGACCUCCUUAAGCAAUUGAAUCAUCCCAAUGUGAUAAAGUAUCAUGCAUCUUUUAUUGAGGACAAUGAGCUGAACAUAGUCCUGGAGUUGGCGGAUGCUGGGGACCUCUCACGAAUGAUCAAGCACUUUAAGAAGCAGAGGAGGCUUAUCCCGGAGAGAACCGUGUGGAAGUACUUUGUCCAACUCUGCAGCGCACUUGAACAUAUGCACUCCCGGAGAGUCAUGCAUCGAGAUAUCAAGCCUGCUAAUGUGUUCAUCACAGCAACAGGAGUAGUGAAACUGGGAGACUUGGGACUGGGACGAUUCUUCAGCUCCAAAACAACUGCUGCUCACUCACUAGUGGGUACUCCUUACUACAUGUCACCAGAGAGGAUACAUGAAAAUGGAUACAACUUCAAAUCUGACAUCUGGUCGCUAGGAUGCCUGCUCUACGAGAUGGCAGCAUUACAGAGUCCGUUCUAUGGGGAUAAGAUGAAUCUUUAUUCCCUUUGUAAGAAGAUAGAACAGUGUGACUACCCCCCUCUUCCCUCAGAUCACUACUCAGAGGAGCUGAGGAACUUGGUAGAUAUGUGCAUCAACCCUGACCCGGAGAAGAGGCCGGACAUCACCUACGUGUACGACAUUGCCAAACACAUGCAGAACUUGACUCAGCACAGUUAAACCCAGAGUUACACGCACUAUAGCUUGCAGAACUCCUACCGACUUCCUCUUUGCUUUUCAUGCUUGACUUGUACACAUCUAUCAGCUUUUAUAUAAUAACAUACUCCAGAGGUUAUAUCCUUGUGAUAAAUAGUAGGUGUUAUAGAUUUUUAUUUCCAGUGAUGGUACAGUUUAUAACAUGACUGACACCCAAACCCUUUUUGCCCAAGAAUACAGACUAUACAGAUUAUACCAGUUUUUCAGAUGGACCUCCCAUUCCCUUGACUUCAGUAACGUUACAGCACUGAAAACUGGUGUAUUGUAACUCACUGAUGUUUUUUGGCCUUAUAACAUGUGACCUCUGUAUUUUCAUAGCGAACUAAUGCCAGUCUUCAGCAGCUGCUACAAACCAAUGCUUAGAGCAGAUAUACUGGAAAAUGGUAAAGUUAUGACAAACAUGGUAAUGUUAGGUGUAACCUCCUAUACUCAGUUAAUCAAUGCAAAUAUUUUUAAAUGUGACCUUAUAGGCGUUAGAUGUGUCACAUUAGACUUUGUGUCAGUGAAUGUGACAGCAGUGACCAUGAAAACAUAGAUCAAGGUUAAUGUUAGUGAAGAUAUUUUAACUCAGUGGUGUUAUUGAUGGGUGAAGUUUUGGUGUGUUGCACUUUUUACCCUGGUACUGGAAGGAGGGUAGGGUCAUGUCUGAUGAAUGUAUUAGGAAUGGAAGGAUCAGUGCGGAUGGGAGAAGAUGGACGAAUGUCUCCACAACACUUUAAGUCAUUUUGACACCUCUGUAAAAAUCACAGUCUGUUUUUUUUUUGACCACCUGGAGGGAUCGGUAGAAACUGUAAAGCAGUUUUACAUCUUCUGUUUACCUUAGAUGCUGACACCAACAAAUUAUCCUUGGUUCACAUUAUGCAAGGUGUACUGCUAUGGUGUAGUAUGAGGAUUUUUAGGGAAGGUAAGAUCAUAGUGAACACAUGAGGAAAAAAAAGUCAAAACAUAGGAUGCGUUUGACCCAGAAAGGAAGUCUGCGUAGACAAAAUUUUGUGAGAUAACAUUGCUGUUAAAGUUUGCAGUGUUUGUGUCUUGUUAUGCAACAAAUACAGAUUUUGAAGAGAUAGUAGGGCCUGUGUUUAUCCAGCAUCUCAGAAUCACUCCUAGGAAAGUUGACCUAGGACUGAAAACACUCCUACCUCAGUUGGACUUAAUAUUUAUGAUGCCGACUGCUCUUACUUUCAGCAAGCAGGGCAACACUCAGAGCUGCAAGGUAGAAAUUACAGGGACAUGUUUUUUUUUCUGACAGUUGAGGUUUGUAGUUUUAUUUUUUAAAAACAACAACAAAUGAAAUACCCAAAUUUGUGCCACUUUCAAUAGAAGGCUUUAUACAUAUGGGCAAAAGACUGGGUAAGUGAAGAUAACAUAGUUAACAAAGCUUUAAUAAUAUGACAAAUGCCAAUUCUAUUUCUGUAGAAGAUUUAGUUUGUUGGAAAGCCAGUCAUGAUGUGAAUCCACUGUGUGAAGUUAUUCUCAUCAGUCCAAUCUUUUUUUUUUUUUUGUUAAUUCCUAUAAUAGACCUGUAUAUACAGGGGUAACAUGAUUAUUGUCAGAUAGAUGUAUUCCACUCUCACUGAGGACCCUUAAGUCACAUGUGGAUCCAGGAUAUUUGGCGACUAUAUCACACAGGAUCACACAGUUCACGUCUCUAUCCCUUGAGUGCUAAUACAGUGUUGUUUUCUAUUCACAUUAGCGUGUUCACGUGGAGCUCGGAGCAUUGGUUUUAUUGAGUGGGCCACCGAGGGCCCUAACAAUCCCCACUAGAUUAAACACAAAUGUACACACUGCACGUCGACAUACCUGUAACCAUCCACUGCAUAUACGCAGCCAUGCACACACAUGUAAGAGUGUAAGGUACAUCUAUGCACAUAAUUGCGUCCUAAUACACAUAUACUUGAAUACAGCCGUUAACUUGUACACUGUCCUUAUAUGGUUAAAAAGGAUCGUCGUAUCAGCCGUAUACAGUAGAUCAAAAAGCUUUCCUGUGACAGUAUGUUGCGGUGACCUUAGUUUCUGUGGAGACAGCAGGUGUUCUUCUUGGUGAUGAAGCAACUGCUUCUCGCACAACAUCUGUCCCAACAGAAUUUUUUAAUGAGCUCAGUGUCAUUAAGUGUUAGCAAAACAUCUCACCUUCCACAGAAUCUAUACAUCUCUCCCCGAAUGACAUCUCCUGGCAACCUCUACCCAGCUAGGACACCUCUGGAGCGCUUGUACAUUUUCUUGGAGAUAGAAGUGUUGAUAAAAUGUUAAUUCUGCUCCUAAAUGUAGGACAAAAAAUGCAUCAGUCUGAGAAUUUUUGGCUGGGUAGGAAUGAUUUCUUACUCUGAGACGCUUUGUAAAUACGGGCCCAGAUCCUUGCCUUGUGUAGCGUCCAUGUCAUGAGUAAAAUCACGGCGUGCCUACCUAACUUAUGUUCUCAGUUGAGAUACCAAGUCACACACAGUGAGCAGUUUAAAUAUAAGACUUGUAAAAAAGUAAACAAAAAAAACCAAACAAGCACCAGUGGGACUCAUUUUGUUUUAUUGUACAUAGUGAAAUUCCUACAGUUUAAUACUGUAGGGUUUUAGUGACCUUUAUUCAUUUAGAGGGAGGGAAUAGUGAUACUGUAUGUAUACAGUAUAGAUAUAUAUUAUAAACAGUGAAUCGGUUUACACCAGGGUCACAAAUGGCUAGCACUGACUAUCACAGGUUUACAUAAUGACAAUGAUACCACAUGACAGAAAGAGUAAGUAAACAAUAACGGCGUUAUUUCAGUAUCUUAUGAAUUCAGUUUUAACAUUUUAAAAUAGCCUGUUAACCAUUCAGUUGAAUUGUUGUACAUGUAUGCCUCUCUUCUUCAUGUUUCUUUUUUAAUUAACAUUUAAUACUAAUAAUGUGUUGUAUACAAAAAUCAAGGCUUAUAGAUGCAACAAAAUGUAAGUUAUUUUGUUAUGGUUAAUAGAAUAUUUUGAUUGUGUGUUGAUGCUAGUUUUGUUUUGUCUUGACUCUUUUAAGACUUGCAAAUACAGUGCUUGCAAUUUUUGGUUGCAAUUGUAUACCUUCUCCUUAAUUUUGUUCAUUUAUAUUGCUUUUCUCUCCCCCUGCAGUAAAACCUUUUUAGUAAUUUUAAUUUUUCUUCAUCUUCCCUUACAGUGCUGUUAAUUUUCUGUCCCCAUCCUCCUUAACCAAGAGCAUCUAAUGCACCAAAACCUUUAAGCUUUUUGCAGUAAUAGUGGAACUAUGGCUUUAAAACACUUUUUAGAUGAAUUAAUUUUGAUGCAUAAUGAAUUCCUCAAAUAAAUUCGAAGUAUUUAUCUGCAAAUUAUCAAGAACAAAUACUCCAAGCACUGUAUGG